AUGGGCGAGCGGCGGUGCGCGUUGUUGGUGCGGGUGCUGGUGCUGCAGGCGGCCUGGGCGGUGGCGGGCGGGCAGGUGCGCUACUCGGUGCCGGAGGAAGCGAAGGCCGGCACGGUGCUGGGCCGUCUGGCGCAGGACCUGGGCCUGGAGGCGGGCGAGGCGGAGGCGCGGCGGCUGCGGCUGGUGGCGCAGGGCCGGCGGGCGAGCGUGGAGGUGAGCGGGGCGAGCGGCGCGCUGGUGCUGAGCUCGCGGCUCGACCGGGAGGAGCUGUGCGGCAAGAGCGCGCCGUGCGCGCUGCGCCUGGAGGUGCUGGUGGAGCGGCCGCUGCGCGUGUUCCAUGUGGAGCUGGAGGUCACCGACAUCAACGACAAUGCCCCCGUCUUCCGUGUGGAUGAAGAAGCCCUCAGCAUCGCAGAAUCGUCUGUGCCUGGGUCUCGUUUCCCUCUGGAGGGCGCGACGGAUGCGGAUAUCGGAGCGAACGCUCAGCUCACCUAUACACUCAGUCCCAGCGAGUAUUUCAGUCUUGAUCAUCAGGGAAAUAAUGACCAGAGAGCGUCUUUGGGUCUUAUUUUAACGAAAGCUUUGGACCGGGAGACGAUUCCCGUUCACCGGUUGGUUCUGACAGCGAGUGACGGGGGCCGGCCGUCUCUGACAGGCACCAUGGAACUCGUGAUCACGGUGCUGGAUGCAAACGACAAUCCGCCCCAAUUCAACCAGUCCGUGUAUAAAGUUAAAGUCUUAGAAGGUUCAGAGCACGGGACUCUGUUAAUCACGCUUAGUGCCACUGAUCCUGACGAAGGGAUCAAUAGCGAUAUAGUAUAUUCAUUUAGUAGACGUGUUAGUACAAAAGUUAAAGAAAUGUUCACUAUCGAUGAAAACAAAGGAGAAAUCAGACUUCAAGGGAAACUAGAUUAUGAAGAAAUUGAUAGUUACGAGAUCCCUGUAGAAGCAAGGGACAAAGGCUUCCCCCCGCUGUCAGGUCACUGCAGCGUGGAGCUGGAGGUGCUGGACAUGAACGACAACGCGCCGGAGGUGUGGGUGACGUCGCUGUCGGUGCCGGUGUCGGAGGACGCGCCGGUGGGGACGGUGGUGGCCCUGCUGAGCGUGUCGGACCGGGACUCGGGGGCGAACGGUCGUGUGCGGUGCUGGGUGUGGCCGGCGUCGCCGUUCGGUCUGGAGGCGACGUUCGCGGGCUCGUACUCGCUGGUGCUGCGCGAGGCGCUGGACCGGGAGCGGGUGUCGGAGUACGAGGUGGAGGUGCGUGCGGAGGACGGCGGGGCGCCGGCGCUGCGCGCCAGCCGCGGGCUGCGGGUGCCGGUGUCGGACGUGAACGACAACGCGCCGGCGUUCGCGCAGGCCGUGUACACGGUGCUGGCGCGGGAGAACAACGCGGCGGGCGCGGAGCUGGCGCGGCUGUGGGCGCGGGACCCGGACGAGGCGGGCAACGGGCGCGUGAGCUACUCGGUGUGGGAGGGCGGCGCGGCGGCGGUGUCGCCGUCGGGGGCGGCGGGCGGCGGGUGGCGGCCGGCGUCGAGCUACGUGUCGGUGGACGCGGAGAGCGGGCGCGUGUGGGCGCUGCAGCCCUUGGACUACGAGGAGCUGCAGGUGCUGCAGUUCGAGGUGCGCGCGGUGGACGCGGGGGAGCCGCCGCUGUGCGGCAACGCCACGGUGCAGCUGUUCGUGCUGGACGAGAACGACAACGCUCCGGCGCUGCUGCCGCCCGCGGGCUCGGCACCGGAGGCGGGCGGCGUGGCGGCCGAGGCGGCGGAGCUGGGAGCGGUCUCGGUCUCGGGCACGCUGUGGGCGUGGGCGGCGUGGGGGGCGCCGGCGGGGCAGGUGGUGGCGAAGAUCCGCGCCGUGGACGCCGACUCGGGCUACAACGCGUGGCUGCGCUACGAGCUGUGGGAGCCGCGGGGCAAGGGCCCGUUCCGCGUGGGGCUCUACAGCGGCGAGGUGAGCACGGCGCGGGCGCUGGACGAGGCGGACGGCCCUCGCCAGAGGCUGCUGAUCGUCGUGCGCGACCACGGCGAGCCGGCGCGCUCGGCCACGGCCACGCUCAGCGUGUCGCUGGUGGAGGCGGCCGAGGCGGCGCUGGCCGCGGGAUCCUCGUCGUCUUUGUCGUCGUCUUUGUCGUCGUUGUCGCGGGCGGCGGGUGCGGGCGCGGAGCUGGGCGCCGGGGCGGCGAGCGCGGCGACGAACGUGUGGCUGGUGGUGGCGAUCUGCGCCGUGUCGAGCCUGUUCCUGCUGGCCGUGGUGCUGUACGGGGCGUCGCGCUGGGCGCCGCGGGCGGCCGUGCUGUCGGGGCCCGGGCCCACGACGCUGGUGUGCGCCAGCGAAGUGGGCAGCUGGUCGUACUCGCAGCGCCACAGCCGCAGCCUGUGCGUGGCGGACGGCGCGGGCAAGAGCGACCUCAUGGUUUUCAGCCCCAACUUCCCUCCGCCGCCGCCGCCGCCUGGCCCUGCUGCAGAAAACGGUUCUGCUGGGAAGGGGCCGUCUCUCUCCCCUCUUGCUUCAAGCGUGGUAAGGGUCUUCGAAAUUUACAUCUCUCACUUAAUACAUGAAUCUUCGAAGUUUUAA